ACUCCACCGCAAUUAACACGACCUACAUCGGCGCCGAUAUUGAUGCGGCUCAGUCUCUCUCCAACGCCCUUGGCCUGCCAAAGCCCCCGCGUCUCGUCCACACCGUCUGGGCCAACAUCACAUCCGACCUCACGGCUGGCAAGUUCGACAUCGCCAUGGGCGGCGUCAGCCUUACUCUUCUACGCGCUCGUACCGCCUUCUUCAGCACUGCCAUUCAGCGCGUCGGCAAGACGGCAUGCAUCCGGUGCUCCGACGCCGCUAAGUUCACCGACCUGGGUUCUAUUGAUCAAGAGGGCGUCCGCGUCGCCGUCAACCCCGGAGGAACCAACGAAGCUUUUGACCGCGCCAACCUGGAGGUGGCCACUAUUGUAACAUUCCAAGAUAACAAUGCCGUUUUUGAGGCAGUCCGCAGCAGUAAGGCAGAUGUCAUGAUCUCUGACCUGAUUGAGGUGGAACUUCAGGUGCGGUUGCACGAGGGAGAGUUGUGCAUUGUGAACCCCAACGCGCCAUUUAACUUUGAGGAACUGGGCUACGCCAUCCCGAGGGAUCCCAUAUGGAAACACUUUGUAGACACCUGGGUGCAUAUUCAGCUGGGGAGCGGUGCCUGGAACACAACCCUUGACAAGUGGCUGAGUUACAAGUGGCCCUUAGUCUAAGGACAUUCUAAAAAGAACGAGGCGUCCUGGACUGUUUUCCUGGCCCGGCGGGAGUCGGUAUCUAGUCUACAUACAGUAGUAUAUGACCUUUUGCCAGGGAAGUCUUUACAGUUGGGGUCAGAGUGAGGUUUCUCUUCAGAGUUGCGAAAAGGGAUAAAGAUGUCAGUUAUAGGUCGUAGUGUAGGCCUACCCUGAAUCAAUACUCGACCUGGC